AAGUCGGUGCACUUGCUGUUGCUGUGCAGUAGCAGCUGGCUGAGGAACUUCCUGUAACUUCCUGUUGCUGAGGAAUAACACGCUCCUGUGUGCGGGUCGAGGUCUCUGUAGAGCACAGAAUGCUCCUGUUCUGCCCGACGUGUGGAAACGUGCUGGUCGUAGAAGAGGGUCAGAGAUGUUACAGAUUCGCCUGCAACACGUGUCCUUAUGUUCACAACAUCACAAGGAAGGUCAACAACAGAAAGUAUCCCAAACUGAAGGAGGUGGAUGAUGUUCUUGGAGGCUCAGCUGCCUGGGAGAACGUGGAUUCCACUGCAGAACCCUGUCCCAAGUGUGAGCACCCAAGGGCUUAUUUCAUGCAAAUACAGACCAGAUCCGCUGAUGAACCGAUGACUACGUUCUACAAGUGCUGCAGCCUGCAGUGUGGCCAUCGGUGGAGAGACUGAGACUGACCACGUGCUUCCCAGCCCUGGUCCUGGAGCACCUGGAGUAUUCUGCACGUUUUUCUGAGUUAGCCUUUCCCGUGUGUUAGAGCAGGAAAAACACACAAAUGUGCAGGACUCCAGGACCAGGGAUAAGAAACCUGUGCUAUAGACUGAUCAGAUCGGAUCAGAUACUUUAUGAAGAACACUUCUGUUUCCACACACGGCUCUUUCUCUGGAAUCUUCUCUAGUUUUGACCUAAAUGUGCUGAGGUGAAGCCUGCUGUUCUGAAGACCAGGCCAAGAACCUGGAAUGUGUACUUCAGCUCGCAGUAAUCAAGUUAACUUAACUGUCUUCAGUUUUUUUUUAUUUUAAGACACACAACACACAUUCAGCUCUUCCUUCCCAGUUAAGAUGAUUAAAACUGACUCAACUUAAAUUGCCUUAAUUGCUUAAUUAAUAAAAUAUUACAAUAACAUGA